GUGACUCCGUCUCAGGAAUAGUCUCUUGGGAAUCCUUUUUAAGAUAAUACAAAAUAAUUGAUAUAAAACGAAAAACUAAACAUUUGCCUGGUCCUGGUAAAAAGGUAUGACACGAAUACAUAACGUUACAUAUAUGUGUAGGGGCCGGGGGUAAACAACUAUAAAAUAUAUAUAUACUGCACUGAUAGAGUUUACAUUGACUUAAAAAUACAUAAAUUCAAACAAACUAUUUGUAAAUAUCAUUUUCAAAUACAUUAACACACGUCAAACACAGCUGACAUUUGUUUUGGACCUAUUUAUAACUCACCGCAAAAGCGUCUAUCAUCUUCGGAUUUUCCCUUAUGACGUCUGCUUCUAAAGGGGUCCGUAAGGGAUGUUGUAGUCGUGUAUCUUCGACUUGCGCAUUAUUUAAAACUCACUUCCGAUAAAAUAUAUCACUUGUUGUGUUUUAUAUUUAAUAACGUUUACAAUAUUUGUUAGGUCUCCUUUUCAAGCGUUACUGCGUAAACGCAAUAGUGCGUCAAUGAAAAUUGCUACGAUACACCCCUACGGUUCUCAGUGAAACCAAUGUAAACAAUUAUGGUGGGCGCGGAUCCCGCAGAAGACUUGAAAUGCAAUGUAUGCAAUUUUCAAACAAAUAGAAAAGCAUUUUUUCACCGGCACAUACAAUCUGAGAGACAUAAAAAUAUGGUAUUUCUUCAAAAUGAGCAGCAUUCUCCGACAACAGAGGAUACCGUAUCUUCAGAAAAAUGCCAAGAAACUUCCGCAGAACUUCUACUGUCAGAAGACGAGACUGAAUUACCGUCCGAUGAGUAUAGGCCUAGCAAUCAUGAAAACAAUGAAACAACCAACAGUGGACAUGCUAGAUCGUACACAACAUCAGAUUCGCAAACCCAGGGAGAUUGGUAUCCCUUCACAUCAAAGAUUGAAAUGCUGUGCUACAUUUUUAUGAGUUCCGCAUCUCAUCCUGUGAGUGAAGAAAUUGUCAAAUUUCUGUUGUUCGUCCUGAGAGAAGCGGGUGUUCCUGAUGUCCCAUCUCUUCUUAAACUGAAAAACCUUCAGUUUGGGAAUUUGAAUUGGGAGGAUAUGAUGACAAAGGGGACAGACCAGAACGGCAUUCCAUUUUGGAUUUUAAAACCGAAGGAAUUAUUAAAACUUUUCAUUUCAAAUCCAAAGGUGUCAUCAAAAAUUGUCAGGAAACCGAACAGUCAAACAGGUGUGAUAUCUCAUCCUGCUGAUGCAGAUAAGUGGAGGAAUGGCAUAAACUUUCCUGUGAAUGAAGAUGGGAUACCUCCCACAGUCACCAUGCCAAUCAAUUUAUUUUUGGAUGACACUUCAACCCAUAGGAGUAAAAGGUGGCUACCUCUACAUUGCAUCCAAAUGCAACUUUCAGGUUUACCACUGUGUGAAAGAAUGAAACAAAGUUCUGUGUUCUUUGUUGGAGCAUCAGAGAAAGUAGAAAUUAUGGACCUGGGCCAGUUAGUGGUUGACAACAUAUUGGAGUGUGAAAGGGAAGAGGUUGAAGCCUUUGAUGCAGAAAUGGGACAAGAAUGCACCAUUAAAACAUGCAUUGAUGUAGUUGUGGCAGAUUAUGCUAUGAUGUCUUUUUGCGCAAAUCAUUUAGGAGCAGCGGCAAAGAAGUAUUGCCCUAGGUGUUUUGCAGAUGCUGACAAUUUUGACCAUAUUUGUCAAAAAAGAGAGCCUGAUGAAACACGACGCUCAUUGAAUAUCCUGAAUAUGAGAAGUUUGGAGAAGGACAAGCAAAUACUUCGUUCAGAAAAGGGAAUAAAAGAGCAUGACAACUGCUUUUGGGAUGUCAUAAAUCCUCACAGUGACAUUCCUGUUGGAUUACUCCAUUUAAUUCCUUUGGGAUUAGCGGAACACCUUGUCAAAUAUAUUGUUGACAGUGUGGACAACAACACAUUAAAGAAGAUGUCUGCACAUCUUGAUGCUGUUGUUCCUGGUGGCAGAUUUUUUGAAUUCUUCAAAUACAUGCAAAGUCGCCAAGGAAAAGACUUUAAGUAUUAUUUGCAGAUUGCACCUUUCAACAUGAUGUUUGCUGGAGUUCCACAGAAAUAUGUAAAGAUGAUUUCCUGCUUGUCAUUGAUUCAGCUACAACUGCAUAGUGAGAGCUUUGAUGAAGAUGAUCUGCAGUAUCUACAGUCAACCAUUGACAAAUAUCUCUCCUAUAUCAAAGUUCAUACACCUGAACUUCAAAGGAAAGCAAAGUCACAUCUCCUUCUUCACAUUGUUGAUGACAUAAGAAAACAUGGUCCCCCUAAAUUUUACAUAGAGGAUGCCUUUGAAAAAAACCAUGGCACCAUAAGGGAUCAAAUCUUCCUUCAGAAUCAGAAGGCACGUAGCAGGGACACUUGUAUCAAGUUUACCAAGCAUACAAUAUGCCAACAUAUUUUGUCUGGGGGAUAUUUUAAGGAGUCUGAAGAAUGGAAAAAUGCUUCAGAACAUGCUCUGCAGUUUGGAGGCAUGGCAGAGAUACAGAAAUUUAUGGGAGAGUCAGUCACCUCAGACAAAAAGAUGCCAAAUGGUACAGUCCGAAAACUAUGCCGCCAGUCAAAUAGACACACAAUGACUGAGAAAAUGACUGAUGAGAUGCUAUCCCUGCUGACCUCCGACAAUCACUCUCCAGAUGACAAAAUUCAGAGAGGAUCAGCUAUCACAGCAGGUGGUGAAAUGGUCAAUGCUGGUGACUGGGUGGAGUAUGGGACACCAGGCGAGAAUGAGAGCUGUGGAGUUUUCAAAGAAGGCGUCAUAGUUUUGCCUACCAGAGGGCCUACAAAGAUGAUGGCAAUAAUACAAAAGGCCACAGAAUGUUCGACAAGUUGUAAUUCACUGGGUUGUCCAAAAUUACAUUUGGGAAAUGAGGUUGUUGCCAUUCAUACAAGCAAAGUCAUUAAAAGACUAAAUGUUAUGCAUGACUGCCUGGGUGCAAAAUGCAGCAUACGAGACACUCGUGUAACAGAGAGGGUGGAGCAGGAAGCAGUGCUGACCAAAAAAGUUCAUUUGCAUCAUAACUAUGACCAUGCAUACUUUUUCAAAAAUUUCUACAUGCUUUAAUAGUGAUUAUUGUUAAUCUAUAUCUCUGUCCAUGUCCAACUUUUUCAAUGGUUUCUGCAAAAUUACAUCAAUGCAUCUCGUUUAGUACCGUACAUAUAAGCAGCACUUUUGCUAUGCAUACCGGGUAUAUUGUAUAUUUAGUUUACUAAGUGUUAUCUUUCAAUAUAAAUAUGAAGGUAAUUCCAGUGGCUUUCAUAUAUGAGUCGUUUUGUUUUUUCAAACGAUGUGAUAAAUUUUCUUGCUAAAGUUUUGGGCAUAUCAACAAUAUUACAGUGUAAUUAGAUGAUCAUUUUAGAUCACAUGUAUUUGAAUUACCGAUAAAGCAUUGUACAAGACAUACAUUGUACAUGUAGCAUAGCCUGAUUUUUUUUCAAAAGGAGAGGAAAACAAUAAGUAUGUCCAAAAUCAUGGGGAAUUAUAUUUAUUUGACUGAAAGGGUUGCUACAUACUGCACUUAUAUCUAUAUUUUGCCAACUAGGCCCAAAAUGUAAAAUUUGUUUUAUAUAAUUUGACUAUGUAUAUAAUUUAUAGUUACUGCAUGUAAGAUUGUGUCUAUAUACCUAAUUAAGAUAUUUAUCUCAUUUUUCUCUCCAAAUUUUGCAAAAAUAAAAAUUUUUAACACUGUGUAUAUCCAACAAUAUGGACCAGGGUAUAAAUUGCCUGUUAUAUUUUCAAUCCAAAUAGAUUUUUUUCUUGAUUUAAAGAAAAUCAACAGAUCAAUAGAUUGACUUAUGAGAUUAAAAUUGCCUCAUUGUGUUAAAUUUGGUCUUUGAAUUCUUUGGCCAGUGUGAUCAAGCUGAAUUAAUUAAUGCUCACUGUAUGUUAUAAAUGUGCAUAUGUAUGAAUAUUCUGCCUUUUUUAGUAAAUUAUAUAGGAGUUGUUUUAAUUGUCCAAAUGAAAAAAAAAUAAUUUGACACAUUUCUGAAAAGCUGGUUCUACUUUAAUUUCAGAUGUAAAAUUAAAAACUAUAUUCUUCUAGGACUUGAAACAUGCAUGCAUUUAAUGCAUUGCUUAGUAAGGCUUUGGCAGCCAAUUGUAUGAAAACUUUGUUUGUUUUCCAUGGUAUUUACUAGGUAACAUUGCAUUUAUUACAUCGCAUCUGUUAUUAAACAGUUAAACAGUUUAUAAAUAUAAUCAGAUUAUGAUCACGCAGCUUGAACUUUUUUUUUUUUACAAUCAGCUGGAUAUUAUUCUAAAGGUAUUAUUUAUGAUAGGCUAAUACUCACAUGAUAAAAA